GGAGGACACAAAAUCUGGAGUCACGUACUGGCACUGCCCUUGUGUGCAUUUCUGAAAGUUGCAUACAGUCAAAAUUCUUUUAACUCUCUUUCUUGGAAUAAGAUGAAGUUUAGGCUUAGUAUAUGUGCUGCCACAUGAGUGUGUGCAGGACAGUUGGAUGUGCAGCCCUGUUAUCUAUAUGAAGGGACAAGACAGCUACAAGGAGGAGGCACUGCUAGGAAUUACACAACAGCACAGAGGCAGGCGAGAUCAGAAGAGGGAGAGGAGACAGAUAGUGCAGACUAGGGAAGCUUGUUUUCUCUAUUAAGAACACUAAGAGGGUAUUACAUCCCCGCACGUGUAUUUGUGAUUCUUUGUUGGUAUGUAUUAGUGACACUGAGUAUCAGUGAGUGUGUGAGAAGGUCUGUACUACUGGUAGGUCCUACACUUUGAGCAUUAAUUUAUCAUCGCUUUCCUGUAUUGCUGUAUUACUGCCAAAUCAGUGCAAUACAGUGCAAACUGUCACUUUUAUUUAUUGUACAAGUAAACAAGCAUAAUGGAUAUGGAAUACAAGCCAAUUCCUCUGCGCUGUCUGCUCAUGACUCUCAGUAUGGGGGUGCUGUUGAUUCUUCUCUGUGCUGGACCUGCCUGCACCCACAAAAACAGAGGAUCCAAAUUUCAAGUAAGUCAAUAGCCUCUCUGACUAAAUGUCACACACAGAAAAUGGAUACAUGUAUGGCAAUAAAUAUUGUGAUUCUCACUGUCAGAGUGCAAGGUGAGAAAUGCCAGGAAUUCAAAGAGAAUUUCAAAAUUUAUGGCCAGGUAGCCAAAUAAGGAAAAUUGUCUGAGCCAAUUUUAUUUCUAGGUUUGGGUAUUUUGGCCACAACUUUCCCCAGCAAUUCUGACUUCAUUGAGUAGCAUUUUAUAUAUAUGAUGUGUUCUUACAAAGAGUAGCAGGACUCCCCUGCACAUGACAUUUUAGGCUGAAAGAAAAUAAAGAUUGUCCCAGAUGAAAUGGAGUUCACAGUCAUUCGAUUUUAAAGUCAAUGUGCAUUAUAGAUGUAAGUAAUUAAUUAUUUAAAUUUUUGUAUAUGUUUAAUAGUAAGUAAGCACUACUUGGUUAUUAAAGAAACAUGUUCAUAGAAACUCAAGCACUGCUUAUUCUAACAUUAUUUUAUAUAUCCCAGUGGCAAUAAUGGAUGAUUAUUUAAAUGACGAACAUAUUAUGGAUUGGUUUGGAAUGCCUUAACUUUAUAUAUAUAAAUACACCCUUCGUGUCAUCUUCAUGAUAUGAUCAAACAGCAGCCAAAUGGUAAAAAUAGCAAAAGUGAGAAUUUGUUUCCAUUAUAGCUAUUUUAGACUAAGAUAGUUAUUUACUAAAAGUGAGAAUGUAGAGUGAAUUUACAUUUAAUCACUUUGACUUUAAAUUUGAAAUUCACUGUGAUUUCUCGCAUUAGGGAAUAACCCUGUAAAUUCUUUGUCAAUUCUGUUUAAUUCCCAGUUUAACGAACAGCCCCCCUCCCUGUAUGUUUAGAGUUUAAGCUAAAAAGUGUGAAUAUUCCAGUGCAGGCUAACAAGUAGUAAGCAGCUGGUUUAAAAUCCAGUACAAAAGCUAACCCUAGGAUAUCUCAUGGUUACUGACCGGAGUCUUUUCUCCACUGAGAAGCCUGUAUAAAUGAAGGACAGUUUCUACAUUAGACUUGAUCUAGUUUUUACACACACCCUAACUGCAUGUCGCUUACUUGCCAGCAUUCCAAUAAUUAACUUAUCAAUCUAUUGCAUAAACUCUACCUAUUAUUUAAUGUCUAUUUAUUGCCCUAUGUGUCUGCUUUGGUAAUCAAGAAACACUUUUCUACUAAAUCAAACAGUGCUGGUCCCAACUUUAUGUGAAUUGCUUGCUGCAACACGCACUGGUGGUUUUAUUAAAGGAACACUCUGGGCACCAAAAAAACUUCAUUCGUAUGAAGUUGUUAUGGUGCCUGGAGUGUUUCCGUUAACCCAGAUACUCUCCAAACUGGGCAUUUUUCUGUAACGAGUCUUACCUUCCACUAGCCUGUCUUCUUGUUCAUUCAAAUCCCUAUGAAGACGUUUAGAAAGUAUUACAAACUGCAGGCCUACAUCUGCAAACAUUGACAUUUCUAAAAAAAAAAAAAAAAAAUAUAUAUAUAUAUAUAUUGUUUUAUUGUAUGUAUGAAUCCAUUGUCAAAAUGUUGUCAAUUCAUAUGGUUACAUGCCAAACCUUUGCAUUUUUUUUUAAUUGAGCUGUGAUUUACGUUUUGCUUAUUAGUUGUAAAUUCACAAGUCUCUGUUUACUGAGUUGUACGUUUUCUCUAGAACAGAAAGAGACAUUGCAUAGAAAGCCUCUUAAAGGCCUCAGCAUUAUCACAAUCAUCAGAUUUUCAUUACCAUCAGUUUCCUCACCUUGUUCUGCUUGGCACCUGUUAAUUAAUGAAGGAGGCACUUGAUCCAUUGAGCUCACGUUGCCAGCCUGCUUGAUUUUGCCAGCUCCCACACCUAUGUAACGAAUGGUCUUAGGGUAGACUUCAAAAGAAAAACAGUUGCUCUUCUGUGGCAAAAUGUGAUAUAAAUCACCACGGAAACCAAUAGGAUGCCUCUCAGCAUUUAGCUUUUUGCACCCAAAAUAGCAUCCGUUUUCCUUAAUACAUCUCCCCUACUUAUCCAGUGGUUGCAGAGCCACCAUCUUGUUCAUUCCAUCCUCAAAAUUAAACCAGCCACCAAAGGGAAUAACAUGCUGAAACAAAACAUUAUUGCCUGAUGGUACUUCAAGUGAGCAUUAUGUGAGCAGUAAAAAGGGGUAAAGUCUAAUUUGAAGCCUUUAAUCCGUACAGGAGGCCCCAGGCACAGAGCUACCCUUUCAAGAUACCCCUGCACCAACAUCCCCAUAUCAAUAUCACACAACAUUAAAGCAAUCAACACAAAUGGUUCCAGUGUUAAAGCGUCCUUACUGGGAUCCAAGAGAAGCCUGGCUCCUGCUUUUGAGAAGAGAUCGUGUAGAUCGCAUCAAGAAGAAAGGACAUAAAGACCACCAUCAUGUAAGCCCCUAAACACAUUUCAUUUUAGUGAAUAUUGGAAGGCUAUAACCCAUUUGUUUAUUUUGUUUAAUUCUAGAUUAUUAACCCUGUUCUUUAUCAUUUUAAACAAGCGCAUACUAAAACACAUUGGGUUCAUCGCUCAUGAAAAGAAGAGGAUAUUGUUAUAAAUUAUUGGUGUGUCUUUGUAUUUUGGUUUCCAGCAUCAUCGCCCGGGCCCUAUAGGACCUCCGGCACCUCCACAGCAUCAUAAUCACCUGUCAAAUGCAGUUCCACAUGAGAAAAUACUACAUGUUUUCAUACAAAUGUUGAAAGGUAAGUACGAAACAACAUACCAACAAAAAUAACGAGAACCAAUCAGCUCGUCCUACACUGUUGCACAAUAACAUUAAUCAUUGUUUGAUUUAAUCUAAAUUAAUAUUCCAGUUAUGGUGCACUUGGGGGUAUUUCUUUAAUGCUACCAAAUAUGAACAAUAGUUUUUGAUCAUGCACAAAAUUAGGAUAUUAACAUAAUAUAAUAUCACAUAUAUAAUCAAUAGUUAUCCCUCCUAUUAUGUAAAUUAUGUAAAAAAAGAUACCUGUAACAAAACCGCAUACGUGUGCCAGUUUUUUUUUGCAAAGAAAUCAUGGCCUUGAUGUAAUAUUUUUGGAUACAUUUUAAAAUGAUUUUUACAAAUUAUUAAAAUAUAAAAAAAAUAUAUCAUAUGCAAAAAAUAUCGAUAUAUAAAAACAAUAUCAAGAUAUUACAAAAUUGCAAUAUUUGUUCAUAAUAUUAAAUCACUUUAAAAGUUUAUCCAACAAUAUUAAAUUAGGAACCAUGUACGCUAUAUUUUUUACAUAUCUUUAACCCCUUAAGGACCAAACUUCUGGAAUAAAAGGGAAUCGUGACAUGUCACACAUUAAAUAUCCUAAAUCUGAAGAAAAAGAAAAAGCUUUUUUAUGGCAGGUGUAAAGAUUUGCACAUUACAUGUAGAACGUACAUAGAUGUGGCAAGCAUCUGAAAUUAUUUUUAACCAGUACAUAGGCUAAAGGAUCAUCUCAAGAUAGGCAAUAAAACACAAUUCAACAUGGGUAGAUAUUCUGUGAUUGGUUUGUAUGCGUGGUCUCUUGAUAGUAUUAGUCUAGCUAUGUCACUGAAGGAGGUUUAACCUGUGACUCGUAGAGACACAGGGCAAACUUCUGAUAGUAAACACAUCACCAUGGAAAAAAAUAUGGAAAAGAUAAUUCUGAUUCUUCUUGAUUCCACUGUGAUUGAUCCAUAUUUUAAACUUCAACUCACUACAUUACUAGCCAGUGUAACACGUCAUAACUCUCUCCAAUGAAAUUCCAGAUAAACGUGUACAGGGAGUGCAGAAUUAUUAGGCAAAUGAGUAUUUUGACCACAUCAUCCUCUUUAUGCAUGUUGUCUUACUCCAAGCUGUAUAGGCUCGAAAGCCUACUACCAAUUAAGCAUAUUAGGUGAUGUGCAUCUCUGUAAUGAGAAGGGGUGUGGUCUAAUGACAUCAACACCCUAUAUCAGGUGUGCAUAAUUAUUAGGCAACUUCCUUUCCUUUGGCAAAAUGGGUCAAAAGAAGGACUUGACAGGCUCAGAAAAGUCAAAAAUAGUGAGAUAUCUUGCAGAGGGAUGCAGCACUCUUAAAAUUGCAAAGCUUCUGAAGCGUGAUCAUCGAACAAUCAAGCGUUUCAUUCAAAAUAGUCAACAGGGUCGCAAGAAGCGUGUGGAAAAACCAAGGCGCAAAAUAACUGCCCAUGAACUGAGAAAAGUCAAGCGUGCAGCUGCCACGAUGCCACUUGCCACCAGUUUGGCCAUAUUUCAGAGCUGCAACAUCACUGGAGUGCCCAAAAGCACAAGGUGUGCAAUACUCAGAGACAUGGCCAAGGUAAGAAAGGCUGAAAGACGACCACCACUGAACAAGACACACAAGCUGAAACGUCAAGACUGGGCCAAGAAAUAUCUCAAGACUGAUUUUUCUAAGGUUUUAUGGACUGAUGAAAUGAGAGUGAGUCUUGAUGGGCCAGAUGGAUGGGCCCGUGGCUGGAUUGGUAAAGGGCAGAGAGCUCCAGUCCGACUCAGACGCCAGCAAGGUGGAGGUGGAGUACUGGUUUGGGCUGGUAUCAUCAAAGAUGAGCUUGUGGGGCCUUUUCGGGUUGAGGAUGGAGUCAAGCUCAACUCCCAGUCCUACUGCCAGUUCCUGGAAGACACCUUCUUCAAGCAGUGGUACAGGAAGAAGUCUGCAUCCUUCAAGAAAAACAUGAUUUUCAUGCAGGACAAUGCUCCAUCACACGCGUCCAAGUACUCCACAGCGUGGCUGGCAAGAAAGGGUAUAAAAGAAGAAAAUCUAAUGACAUGGCCUCCUUGUUCACCUGAUCUGAACCCCAUUGAGAACCUGUGGUCCAUCAUCAAAUGUGAGAUUUACAAGGAGGGAAAACAGUACACCUCUCUGAACAGUGUCUGGGAGGCUGUGGUUGCUGCUGCACGCAAUGUUGAUGGUGAACAGAUCAAAACAUUGACAGAAUCCAUAGAUGGCAGGCUUUUGAGUGUCCUUGCAAAGAAAGGUGGCUAUAUUGGUCACUGAUUUGUUUUUGUUUUGUUUUUGAAUGUCAGAAAUGUAUAUUUGUGAAUGUUGAGAUGUUAUAUUGGUUUCACUGGUAAUAAUAAAUAAUUGAAAUGGGUAUAUAUUUGUUUUUUGUUAAGUUGUCUAAUAAUUAUGCACAGUAAUAGUCACCUGCACACACAGAUAUCCCCCUAACAUAGCUAUAACUAAAAACAAACUAAAAACUACUUCCAAAAAUAUUCAGCUUUGAUAUUAAUGAGUUUUUUGGGUUCAUUGAGAACAUGGUUGUUGUUCAAUAAUAAAAUUAAUCCUCAAAAAUACAACUUGCCUAAUAAUUCUGCACUCCCUGUAUUUUGAAAACUCUGGAGGUGAAUUAUUUUGUGGCAUUUUAGAGCCACCAGAAACUUUAUAUGUUUGUGAAAUAUGCAGUAAGGUGAAUGCAAUACUUCAAUACAUUUCUCCCAUGAUGGAAAUCGGGAACAAAGUUUAAGGUCCAAUGGGUAAUAUGCAAUGUCUGAUUGCUGAAGACCACAAAAGCAUCAAGGUUUUAUUUUCUUCCAGUUAAACUGCCUAGCAACUUUCUGCCCACUGUUUACUGAACUGUACAUAUAUUAAAGGAACACUAUAGUCACCUAAAUUACUUUAGCUAAAUAAAGCAGUUUUAGUGUAUAGAUCAUUCCCCUGCAAUUUCACUGCUCAAUUCACUGUCAUUUAGGAGUUAAAUCACUUUGUUUCUGUUUAUGCAGCCCUAGCCACACCUCCCCUGGCUAUGAUUGACAGAGCCUGCAUGAAAAAAAAACUGGUUUCACUUUCAAACAGAUGUAAUUUACCUUAAAUAAUUGUAUCUCAGUCUCUAAAUUGAACUUUAAUCACAUACAGGAGGCUCUUGCAGGGUCUAGCAAGCUAUUAACAUAGCAGGGGAUAAGAAAAUCUUAAUUAAACAGAACUUGCAAUAAAGAAAGCCUAAAUAGGGCUCUCUUUACAGGAAGUGUUUAUGGAAGGCUGUGCAAGUCACAUGCAGGGAGGUGUGACUAGGGUUCAUAAACAAAGGGAUUUAACUCCUAAAUGGCAGAGGAUUGAGCAGUGAGGCUGCAGGGGCAUGUUCUAUACACCAAAACUGCUUCAUUAAGCUAAAGUUGUUCAGGUGACUAUAGUGUCCCUUUAAUGAUAUUAAACAAAAAACAUUAGGGAAAAACAAAUGUCCUAGAAAAAGGACUUCACUGUCGCUGUAUGGGAUUAUUACAGGGAUAUUCUGUAAAGUGGGAAUUGUUCAAUUUAAUUUUGAAUGCUAAUGCCAUAGUAGAUGAACUGACAGCAUAGCUUACCAGGAGAAUUUUUCUAGUUUGGCUUUUUUUGCCGCUAAAUUUAAUUAGCUAAAUAAGCCUUUUAAUGUCUACUUAUUGCGUAUGUUUAAGAAUUAUGUUUGUGGGAUCUAAAAAGGGAAAUUAAAUACAGAUAUCAACCCUGUUGUAUUUAUGUCUAUGCGGGAGAGCCUCCAUCGUUGGUUCUCUGUCAAUGAUAUAAACUGUGUCAAUUUUUUUGUGAUAACUUAAAAAACAUACUUUGCCCCGGGUGUGCCAUGAUUUAACAUGAAUGUUAGGUCAAUUGCUAAAUCUCUAUAUAUUUAAAAGGAAAUGGGGCAUGAAAAAAUCUGUUAAAACAAGUUAUUUGUGAUUUUUAAAAAAUUUUUAUUCAAUUAUAUAAUUUUUUUAAGGAAUUCAAAUUACUUUUUAAUUCCGGUUUAAAACUUUGGUUUAAAACAAAAAGAAACUCUCACUGAUGAAUUUUUAUUAUAAUUAAUUAUUAUUAUAAAUUCUACAUAGAUAUUCUGAAAAGCAAGAAUGGGAAGCAUACCCCAGGACACGGGAAUCAUUUAAUGGUGAACGCGGCUUUCACCUGCAUGACGGAUCAGGACGCCAGUGUGGAACCUGGAAACCAGAUCGAACUACAGAUUUACCAUCAGGUUAGAGUACAAAAUAUGGAGACAUGAAUGGGAUGAGUGAAAAAGAAUUGUAUUAAAGCUUUAAAAGAAACGGUAGAUAUUUGCACCAAUAAUUUCCAAUUACAAAAGGUGACAGGUGGAUGUAGGGAUGAGGAGCCCAGGAUUUAAUAGCAGGAGUGAAAAAGGGUGCUUUGAAUUAAGCCAGCUUGGUAUGAAGUUUGUAUUCUAUAGGUUUUUCAAAAGAGAUUAUUUGUGUUUUAGAUCAGGGGUGCCCAAAGGUCAUUGUAGAAUUACAAUUCCCAUGAUGCUUUACAAGUCUUUAGAAUAGUAAAGCAUCAUGGAAGUUGUAGUUCUGAACUAUCUGGUGAACUACAUUUUGGGUUCUCUGUUCUAAAUAUGUAAUAUUUGUUUUGAAAAUCAGUGAUGUUGCUCCCGGUCAGAUAAUGUACCCUAUAUAUCAUUUUCCAUGGGGCAUCAUUAACAGGAUGACUGACAGAUAUCGAGGGGUUUUCCAGUAACUAAAAUGACAAAGAAGAAAUAAUUGCCCAUAAUGGGAUUCAAUAUCUGCUUAACUGGAGACGAUAAAGCAACAUAUUAAAAUAUGAUACUUGGCAUUGUUGUGUUGAGUUUUUAAAAUAAUGAUGGGAUAUGAACAACCUAUGUAUCAUAAACGCAAUCAGCUGAUUGUUAUGUUGGAGACAUAACAAUAUAUUUUUCAAGAUAUAUAUAAACAAAUAAUACUCUGUUGGUUGAAUUCUGUACUUUUAGUUAGAGAAAAUAAAAUUUUGCAGCAGGAAGAAUGAUGAGUUAUGUGUGUAAAAAAAGGGAGGGACAAUCUACAAAAUGGGAUUUUGGGACUGGGAUAUACACAUCACAGAGAGAAAAAAAAUGUGUUCAAAAUGAGCCUACCAUAUUACGGGCACACCAGCAGGGAUUGCUUUUGAGGUGUGCGAGCUGUGCAGCUGUACAGGGCGCCAUGAAAACAGCUCAUUCACCUCAGAGGAGGCCUGCUUCGUUUUAGGGCCGACUGCAGCCAGCUGAGGAGUCCUAUAGCCUGAGAGAUUGGGAGGAAGCAGCUCUCUUAAAAUGUCUUGCAUGCUAAGGCUGCCGGCAGAGGCACUACUGGAUGUCUGUCUAAUGGAACAGCUGGUCUCUGAUGCCAGUGGAUCAGUGAACUGCAAUAGGGGCCAGGGAAAUUGCAUUGCGGAAACGCUCAUUGUUACCUGGAUAGGAUCAGAGCAUUACCUCUAGUUAACACUUUAAUUCUUCAUUAGUGCCUGCCCAUGGAACACAUCGCUCACCACUUACAUUUUGAUACUUAAAAAAAAAAAUAUAUAUAUAUAUAUUUCCCACAAACAUCCAUAGCCACUGCAGUCCCUGUCCCCCACUACAGUAAUGUUCCCCAGGCCCUCCUACACCUUCACACACUACAGACAUUAUCCCCCACUACUAUUGCUUAUAUCCCCUUACACUACAGACCCUACCCCCCACUACUAUUGCUUAUAUCCCCUUACACCCUACCCCCCACUACUAUUGCCUAUAUCCCCUUACACCCUACCCCCCACUACUAUUGCCUAUAUCCCCUUACACCCUACCCCCACUACUAUUGCCUACAUCCCCUUACACUACAGACCCUAUCUCCUUCUACACUGCAGCAUCUACCCCUAUACUACAGCUUCUCUCCCCCUCAGCACUACUGCCUUUACGCCGUACACUACAGUCUCCAUCUCCUACACUUUAGCACCCAGCUACAUUACACUACAGCCUCUACUCCCUACACCACAGCCUGAAACCCUUAUACUACAGCCUAGACACUACACUUCACUACAAUAUUGAUCUCUCUACACUGCAGCCUAUCACACACAAUCCAGCCCCUGUCACCUACAAAGACACGCAUCACUGCUCAUACCCCCAUACAUGCUAUGGCCUCUAUACUGCCACAUACACACCAAAAAAAAUGAUCGGUGGUAUUGGAUGAGGGGUUGUGGCCAGAGAGCUGCUGUGAAGAUUUUUUUCCACAGGUUUACAUACCAGAAGGUCCCAACAGUAGGUUACAUGAUUUCUCUUGGAAUUAGAAUUAUUAGACAAUAGACAUAGUAUGGUGUGGUGUUUAUUAUGCAUAAAUUAUAUCCCACAUUUGCUACACAGAAUAUUCCAGGGGACUCCAGAUACCUGCUGGAGAUGCGAAACCCAAACAGGCACACUACGCCACAUCUGGUGGGACUGCACACUGAUACAGGCAUUCUGGGAAGAAAUAAAAUUGGAAACAACGACAAUCCUGGGGGAUAUACCCGACUUAACCAUAGAAGCGGUGCUCCUACACUACACCGAAAGUUUGAUAGCUCAAUAUAAAAGAUCGAUUUUAAGGCACUAAUACCGGCCAGAUGGAAACAAACACAACCACCCACCAAAGCAGACUGGCUAAAAAGAAUUGAAGAGAUUCACACAGCAGAGGCGAGAUAUGCAGAAAUGCUGGGGAGAAGCACUAAACACACGGAACUCUGGAGACCAUGGUAUAUCUAUAUAUCACAAAACAGAACAUAGGGAAGACGCAAUGCGGUUCCUGGAGACCCAAGGAACCCACGCGUGCCCUGACACGCUUCAUCCCCCAGCCCUUCCCGAUAUCCCUCCCCCAACACACUUACAACCCCGAGGGUUCCCACACACAGUACUAUAACAUGUGUCUGGGACGGUUGAAGCCAGGAGGAACCGAGAUCUGUGAAUAGUGUCACUUAGCCAUGACGCAAACAAAACACCAAUACGCUGAAUUAUUACAUGCAAAUUCGGAAACUGGAGAAGCAAAGAUAGUUAAGUAAACAUGGAGAGCUACACUCCAAGACACAGCCCACACGAAGAUGGAGAGAAGGAAAGGAGACCGAUCGACAUCUACGGGCAAACACAAGCAACAAAGACACGAAUAACGCUCACACAAGGAAAGUGAAAAACACACACACACAAGGACGAGCAAACCACAAGACGACAGAUGGGUAUAACAGGCCAGACACAAACUUAGAAGGAGGCUCAUCUCACACACUGGACAGACGCGAAAGCCCAACUGCGAAAAUUUAUAACCAGAGACACAACAUACGCUCAAACAAAGUAGCCAGAAUCGCACAACGCACAAGAAAGGAGAAAAGGCACAAGCUCAUUGUGGGACACACCUCAGUGACACAAAAGCAGAAGGGCCACAACACACACAAAAAACAACUGGUACCACAUAAUACGAAGCCGCACAUUACACACUGGACGAGCCUUGUUUUUCCCGGUUAAAGAUAAAGGACGAAUCUAGGUUAGAGAAUGGAUGCCACUGGCAACACCCUUAGGCAUACCUACACACAAUCCAACACUUGACUGAAAGACAUGGGACUCACUUAACCUGCACUCACCUAUCUAGGCAUGCUUACGAGAAACACUGAAGCUAUCCACAUGACUGACUAACUUACGUAAUCAACCUAAGCAAGACAAGCUAUACAAUGCUCAAACACAGCCUAGUGAGAGACAUCAUACCAACUAAAGCGACUGACCCUAUACGGAGGGAAGGCACUCGUAAACUCUGAACCAAAUGUAAUGCGCAAGCCUACUGGGCAGACCUUUACAGUUAACCCUACCAACUUCCUUUCUGCAUACCAUGAAAGUUGAAAAAAAAGUAUUCAUACUAGUUAAUGUGAUUAAACGUGUUUGUAAUAAGUUGUAAACCACACAAAUGAAAAUGGAAUUUUCCUCCUAAACCUCUCUACCUUAUUUCUGUACCUGAUCCAAAAUAAAAAUUGUCAAAUUAAAAUUAUUAUUUUUUUAAAUGAUAUCCUACAUUUGAUCCAAGGAUCUGGGUUGAGAAAUAUUUUUUUCCUAGUUUGAUGCAAAGAAAGCAAUUCAAACUGAGUGAUUUGCCUUCUUUUGGAUCAGAAGCAAAAACAGAUGUGAGUAAGAUGGAACUUGAUUGGUACAAGUCUUUUUUUCAGGCUAUGUAACUAUGUACAUUAUCUUGUAGCCAGACAUCGAGGGAUCAUUCAACAUAGGUGAUGGGUUCAAUCUGACCAGCGGACGAUACACAGCUCCGAUUAGUGGACUUUAUACCUUCAGUGCAAGACUCAGCAUUGGUACGUUUCAGAUUGGCUAUUGUUUUCCUAGAUUAUGAGAGUGUCAUUGUGAAUUCUUUUUAAUAAAGAAAUAAUACAAAUGUUUAACACUUCCAUAACAUUUAAAAUAAUUUUUUCUUAAAUUCAGAUCUAUUUUUUUAUUUUAAUUAUUAAAUACUUGGUGAUAAGGAUAGUCUGUAGGUAUAUUAUACAUUUUAUUUUUAAGACAGGUUUCCUGAACGUAUUCUCAUACCCUAGUUGUGUUUUUUAAUGUAAUUUUUGAUAUCUAAAUUACUAAAAUAUAUGUUUUGGUUGCUAUAUUUUUGUAACAUCCUUACAUCUAUUUUUAGGAUUAUCAGUGCAGGAAACUAAGACGAACACCCAUGGAUUUUUUAAAGUACAACUUUGUAUCCAGUCCCUAUGCCAGAAGAACCUGUAAGUGAGAGAAUUUCAAACAAAAGGGCAAAAUAAAUUAAUAGGAAAAUGAAUCCAAUUAAAGGUCAUCAAUUUUUUGACUAACAUUUGAAAUAACCUGGGCAAUUUCAUGAUUUAUUGAAUGAUGCUUUGGGUGUACUUGCAAUUGUAGUUAAAGGGACACUAUAGUCACCAGAACAACUACAGCUUAUUGUAUUUGUUCUGGUGAGUAUAAUCAUUCCCAGAGAAAAUGCAGUGUUUACAUUACAGCCUAGGGAUACCUCCAGUGGAUACUCAGAUGACUACUAGAGGUGCUUCCUGAGGCAGUGAUGCACACUGUGCAGCACCGAGAUUCAGUGUCUUUUCCCUCUGCAUUGAGACACUGAACUUUGCUCAUAGAGAUGCAUUGAUUCAAUAUAUAUCUACGAGGAGAUGCUGAUUGUCCAGGGCUGUGUUUGACUUGUGCUGACUCUACCCCUGAUCUGCCUUCUUGACAGUCUCAGCUAAUCAUAUGUGAAAGCAUUGUGAUUGGCUUUUAUUCAACACUUCUUAUGAUGUCAGCCAAUCAGGCAGAUCAGGGGCAGAGCCAGCAGCAUCAGACUGCAAUAAAAGUAAGAGUUUUCUAUAUUUAGGGGGGCUAGAUGGUGGUUUUAACACUCUGGGGUCAGGAAUACAUGUUUGUGUUCCUGACCCUAUAGUGAUCCUUUAAAUAUCAAGGAUAGGCACCACAUACAAGAGAACAAACAUAUUCCAUAAACCAGGAAUUGUCUGUAAUUUACCAAUUAACUCAAAAGUAGACAUGGCAGUUCAGAUAUAAAUGCAUGGAGCAAGCAUCAUAUUCAACUGUUAAGCUUUCAAAAUAAAACUUAAAGUGUGGUUACGGCACUACAAAAAUGAAAAAGAAUUUUGCCAGUGCUGACAACUCCAACUUCGCUCCUUCUAUAGGCAGAAUAGUUUAUAGGAUAACAAGAGAAGCAAUGUAUACAGAUUAUGCCAGGGUCCACUAAUGUCACCUACAUUUAAUUUAAUAAAAGGUACAAAUAUUUUAGGACCCUUGCCCCUUUAUCUGUAUGUAGUACCAAUAGGGGCAUUAAUGAAUCCUUACAUACCAUGUUGUGCUGAGUGCAUUAAUUCUAUGCUCUCCUAAUCUUAUGAUAAUUUUACUUAAUGCCAGCCAUAAAUUGCUAUAAAAACUAAUGUUCAUGGCAUAUUCCUCCCUAACAAAAUCUCUUUCUCCAGAUCCCUGCAAAAAAUCAGCAGUCUGAGUCUGACUGGUCCUCACACAAUCAGUUUGAAUGGAGUCUUACACUUACAGGUAACGCAAAUUUGUUAAAAUUAAAAGUAUAAGAAGAUAAUACAGUAAUUUAGGGAGAAAAAAAUGUCUCAUGACUGUUAAGAUUAUCUUCUAACACAUUUUUGCUGGUGAUGUUGGCACAAUACACUUAUUUCUUUAUUAUUUUUAUUAAUCUACACACAACUCUGAACUGUUAAACGUUGUUGAAGGUACAUAAAAAGACAAUGGAAUGCCUGGAACAUCAAGAUUUAACCCACUGCUACCAAGACAUUGCCACACUUUUAGCCUAACUCAUUGCCAGUAACAUAGAAACCAAAAUAAAUUAGUGUGGUGUGAGCACUUAAAAAUUUUACUUUUAUUGAUUGACGUUAAAAUAUCCCCAAAAAGGGGGGUAUUGAGCUAGUCUGUAGAUAAAUACAUAGAAAGAAAUAGUAUAUAAAGUAGAACAAGGGGGUGAAAAAAAAUAAUACAAAAUGAUUAUAAAAAAAUCUAAGUAUCUCUCUAAGUAGAUGGAAUACAAAAAAAGUCAAAAGUGAAUAGUACACAUUUAGGCAUAGAUAUUUCCUGGUAGGAUAUUGGAUAAUAAAGUAUCAAGUAUACCACUUAUAUCCUGCACAGUUAACUAUUGCAACUGUGUAUCACAUAGCUCUACGCAGAAAGCUAAUAGUGGAGAAAAGCUAAUACUGGACUGAGAACUGGUUUGGGAACCACUGCUGUACACAUUUAUUCCCUGUGUGAAAUGAUAAUGAUAAGGUAGUUUACUUACCUUUCUCAAUUGUCCUGGUGCCCUCCCCAUGGCUGCCCCAGCCUCUUUUGCGGUCAUCGGCAAUCUUGAUGAUUUCAGCCAAUCCAAUGCUUCCGUACAGGGGAAUGGCACCCAGAACACUUCAAUGAGAUUUAGUGGAUGCCUAUAGUGAUCAUUUUAUGAAAGUAACACUAUAGUGACCGGAAUACAAACAUGUAUUCCUGUCACUAUGGCUGUGAAAACCUAGUUUAGGUGGCCUGCCCCCAUGCCAGCAAAAUAAAAGAUGGUUUACUUACCUUGAUGAUCUCAGCCAAUCCGACGCUUUCCCAUAGGAAAGCAUUGGUAGGCUAUUGCACAUGCAAUGCACGAUUCACUGAAUCUCUAGGAGGAAGUUAAGCGUCUCCAUGCAAAGCUGUAGUUGUUCUGGUGACUAUAGUGUUCCUUUAAUUAAAAGGAACACAAUCCUUAAAGAACAGAUUGUUAAGAUGGCAUAGAUCAUCACUGGUCCUUAAGGCGUUAAAUAAUUCAAUAUAAAAUAUACACCAGAUGCAUAACAUGACAUGUUGAUUUGUGGUUUACUAUCUCUCAAUAAUAUUAUUUCCCAUAUUACAUUUCACAAUUGUAUCUUCUCUUCAUAUUAAAUGUAUAGGUUAUUGUUUUCUUGUGGACCCCAUAUCUUUCUAGUAGUCUCUGUAAAUUACUACAGUUCUGAACUCUCCCUUUCAGGCAGGACAAUAUGUGUCACUUUUCCUGGAGAACCAUAUGGAAUAUUGGCUCGUGGUGGAAAAAGGAUCCGAUUUCAGUGGUGUGCUGCUACAUCGUGGUCUGCAAUAAAAUCUUUUGAGCGAAGAAACUGUAUUCCUCUGACCAAACCAGAUUUUAUUCUACGUCUUCAAGCUUUUUCCUGGUAGUGGAGUUGAAUCCGAUGCUUCUGAGAUCUAAUUUGUCUAAAAUAAUUAGUAGGUUUGUGAAAUGAUGAAUAUUAAAGUUUUAAGUAAAAUAAAAGCACAACCUACUGAACUCCACGGAUAUAAAGACAGUGAAAACUAAAAGUGUAUUUAACGUAAACUAAAAUUAUUAUAACGCCUAUUUAUAACAUGUAUGGUUAGAUUGUCUCAUAUAUUCUAAUUUGUUUAAUGUCCUAUAUUUGUGACUGACGAUAGUCAUCCAACUGCUGACAUUUGAAAAACUGAUCUUAAAAUCUGACAUUUCACACGCACAGAAUAUUUUUUUCCCUUUUCUAUGCAGUGAAUUCUGUAGUUUUUGUAUCCAAUGUAUUUCACCUCUUGUUCUUCAACAUUGCAGAAUAUGUUGGCUUUAUUGUACUGAAUACAGAGCUGUUACAACAUAUUAGGAAACCAAAGUGCAGAGUGCAAGUUUCAUAACCGUGUAAAUCUGUUUCUUCAAAUAAAGCAUCAAAUAAGUCAUAA